AUGGAGAUGGACCCGCCGCCGCCCCUGCACGCCGACCGCCGCCGCCGCUGCCUCGAGUACCUGCUCGCGCUGGAGGAGGAGCGACGCAAGAUCCUGGUGUUCCAGCGCGAGCUGCCGCUCUGCCUCGACCUCGUCACGCAGACUAUCGAGGGGAUGAGGAGCCACAUGGACAGCGUCGUUGGCGGCAGCGAGGAGACGGUCAGCGACCACGGCGGGCCCGUGCUGGUGGAGUUCAUGCCGCUCAAGCCCACCCUCUCGUCCUCCUCUUCCGAGGACGACGACAAAGACCACGACAGCUCCCACCACCAACGCGCUGCCGGCACGGCCGACGACGGCGUCGAUGCCGACAAGAGCGACGAGGCGGCGCCGGGAGAUCCGGAGACGGCAGCGGCCAGAGCCAGCAGCGGCAGGCGGCGGUUGCCACAGCCGGAGACCAAGAAGGCCAUGCCGGACUGGCCGCAGUCCGUCCAGCUCUGGAGUAACCAACAGCAACAACAACCCUCCCCGCCGCAGCCCCACCAGGAUGAGCUGCUGCUGCCGUGCAGGCCGGUGGCGCUCAGUGCCUGCCGGAAGCCCGGGGGCGCGUUCCAGCCGUUCGAGAAGGACAAGAACAAGAAGGAGAAGCCGAAGCAGCGCACCGAGAUGCCGCUGCCGGCCUCGUCGUCGGCCACGGCCGCGGCGAGCUCGGCCGUGGUCGGGGACAGCUGUGACCGGGCCGGCGGCGCCACCGACAACGACACGGCGGGGAAUACUAAUAAGGCGAGCAGCAAAGGCGGCGGCAAGGACAAAGAGGCGCAGUCGGCGUCGCAGGCGCCCGGCCGGAAGCCGCGGCGGUGCUGGGCGCCGGAGCUCCACCGCCGGUUCCUGCAGGCGCUGCAGCAGCUCGGCGGGUCCCACGCGGCGACGCCGAAGCAGAUCCGGGAGCUCAUGAAGGUCGACGGUCUCACCAACGAUGAGGUCAAAAGCCAUUUGCAGGCGUCCGAACUCGACGGCGGUCGCGGUCCAGAGCAGCGGCACCAGCGUCACGCCGCCGGCCGCACCGCAGUUCGUCGUGGUGGGAGGCAUCUGGGUGCCACCGCCGGAGUAAGCUGCCGCGGCGGCUGCUGCCGCCGCUGCUGCGGUGGCGGCGGCAGCGGCACAGCCGCAGCAGGUGCACGACCUACCUGGCGACGCGUCAGGAACGACGACGACAACCGCCAACUAGGUGUACGCUCCGGUGGCGACGACGGCGUUGACGCCCGGAUUGCAACCGCCGCGUCCGCAGAGGCAGUCGAGUAG